UUGUUGCAAUUAAAAUCUUAUUUCGUAAAGAUGAUCGAGAUAAAAAAACACGCAUUUUUAACAUAUAUAAUUAUGUUUGUCUUUCUUUUUAUCCUACGAUGCUGCCUAGCAAAUAAUUUUGAAGCAGGUGAAAAUUUUAUGUCUGAUGUUCCAGGUGUUACCAUCACCACUCAUGAAAACAAGAGGAGUGAAAAUCUGACGAUAUGUGAACAACGUCAGAAAAAAAUAUCAUAUCUUUCUCCUGUGAAAGGUUACAUUGGGGCAUUUAUCGCAAUUAUCAUGUUUGGAAGUAAUUUUGUUCCUGUCAAAAAGAUAAAAACGGGUGAUGGUGCCUUCUUUCAGUGGAUAGUUUGUUUGGGAAUAUGGACAUCGGGCAUUUGCAUUCAUAUUUAUAAUGGACAUAACAGACAAUUUUUUCCUUUGGAAAUGAUUGGUGGAGUUCUUUGGGGAUUGGGUAAUAUAUGCGUGGUUCCUAUUGUCAAAACAAUUGGUUUGGCCAUGGGCUUAUUGAUAUGGGGAACCCUGAAUUUACUAACAGGCUGGGCUACAGGCAGAUUUGGAAUGUUUGGUUUGAUAUGUGAACAGCCUGUCAAACAUUCAGCUUUGAAUUAUGUUGGCGUUAUGUUAGCUGUGAUCAGUCUGGUAAUCUUCAUAUUCAUUAAAACUGAAAACUCUGCAUUAAUUAAUACAAACAGAGUAGAGCGUUCUGAAGUGAUUCAGGAUGAUGGAAGUGAAAAUGGAUCUUGUACUGAUGAUCAAACUGCCUACCUUUUAAAUACUUACACAGAAAAUGCUGAUUCAUCAUGGAUUGAUGGCUUCUCUAGAUUCCAAAAACGAAUGAUAGGAAUAUUUUUGUCCGUCGUUUCCGGUGUUUUAUAUGGUCUGUGUUUUGUUCCUGUUUACAUAAUUCAAAAGAAUCAUGCAGACGCCCCAGACGAUGGUAUUCAGUACGCGUUUUCUCAAUAUUCUGGGACGCUUUUAUUCAGUACGGUGUAUUUUGUAAUAUACAGUCUUUACAAGAGGAAACCAGAUGUUUUUCCUAAAGCAGUUGCACCAGGAUUCUUUUCUGGAGUGUUAUGGGGUAUCGGUCAAGCUGGUUGGUUUGUUGCUAACACAUAUUUAUCGGAAGCAAUUAGUUUUCCUAUCGUUACAACAGGACCUGGAAUUAUUGCUUCAAUUUGGGGAGUAUUAAUAUUCAAAGAAAUAACGGGUUGGAGAAAUUUCUUACUGCUUUGCGUUGCCAUAUGUUUUGCUGUGGGUGGAGCAACGGUGACAAGUUUCUCGAAAUAAAGAGGUUUUGAAACAUGAGAAGGGAAUUGUGGACGAGUAACAUACAAGAUUUAUUAAUAAAAGAUUUUCCAUUCAACAUAGAUGCACACAUCAUUUAAAUUAAAUUGUAGAUACUAAUUAUAAAUUGCACUUUUGAGGUAAGUUGUUCAAAGAAGCUUGUCUUCACACAAAGAACUGAUUAAAAUUCGAGAUUGGCUAAAAAAUAAAAGAUUAGAACGGUCUUUGAAAAACAUUCAAGAAAUCGAAAUGAAGUAAUCAACCUCUUUUGGAUGAAAUUAGAAAUAUGACAAGAAUUUAGUUUUAAUUUUUUUUAGUACAAUCUAUAAAGUUAGUUUAAAGGUUGGCACUAAAUGAACCGAAUGAUGAGUUCACAAUUAAUAAGAUAAGUUACAUAACCAGACGAUUACAUUUAUAUUUUGGAAAUCUUGGCAUUGUAAUAUAAUGAAAUUAUUUUAAAUUAUAGUAGUAAAUAACUUUAAACAUAAGUAA